UACGCAAUUGCCCGUACUUGAGUAUCCUGGAAAUUGCCGCGCUAAAAUGUAACAGGCAGGUCAAGCAGCCACCUGACUCGAAGAUCGUGCUAGACCGUACGAUGUCUACUACAUGAACAGCCUUGCGGGCUUGACGGAACUGUUUCCGAAUAUGUCAAGUAGUGGAAGGCCAAUACAAAGGAUACUUUGUCAUUUUCAGGCAUCCAUGAGGUUAGUGAUAGCAUAUUUAGCCGCUGGUUCUCAAUGUUCCACGACGCUGUGGUGUACAUGUAGAUGAGUGUGUAUUUCAAGUAUAAAAGGGUCUGGUUCACGUCACUGUAGUCUUGCUUAUUUCCUUGCAACCUAUUUUCUGGUAUAUUCGGCGUUAUCCGAUAUUCUUUUGAAACGUUGCAACAACAACAGCAAAACAUGCAUGCUCCAGGAACCGUUCUCACUGCCGCCGCUCUAGCAGCAAUUGUCAGCGCCAAGAUGAGCUGGCCAAACGCGUGUGGCGCGACCAAGGAGCAACAAUUUCGCUCUUAUGGAAUUAGAGCGGUUGAAGGUCACUGGAAAGUCCCAAUCAUCGCAGUUGCAGAGAAUACGCCCUGGGAGGACAGCUUCGCUUUGGACACUUGGGUUGGAAUUGACUGGAACAGUAUCUGUGAAACCAGUGGUGGUUUUUAUGCUGGUACAUCUGUGGAGUUCGAGAGCUCACCAGGCAUAGCUCACUUUUGGUGGCGGUUUGCCCAAGGUUCUCGAAACGUUCUCGAAGACUUUGCAGUUAAUUAUGUAGUCGAGAUCGGUGACGAAGUCUACGUAAAGACAACCGCUUGGGAUUCAAAGAACGGCGCCGUAUACUUUGAAAACAAGACCAGGGGCUUUAAGCGAACCCUGAACGUUGAGCUGGGCAAAAUGUGCUUCCGCAGCGCCGCGUGGGUUGCUGAAGAUCCGCAUCCUCAAGGAUCGCGUUGGCCCAUCCCUGCGGUCCCCGCCAUGAUCUACAUGUAUGGUUUAAAGGCAACCACUAAGAGCAAUCAGAUUUAUGAUCUGUUUGACGCAAAGAUUGGACAAAUGCAGGCCUUUGGCAAAGUUGCGUGCUAUGCGACGCGAGAGACGAGCGAUACCCUCUGCCUUCGCAUGGCUGACCCGGCCCCCAUUUAA